UCACGAGGCCGGCCAGCUCCGAGACCGGCCCCACAGCGCACAGUCGCGUCGCGAUGAAGUGCGCCGAGCGGUUCAACCUGGUUGACCGGGUGCUGAAGCGAUGGUUCCGGCGGCUGGGCGGCGUCGUCGGCCGCCAUCCGGGGUACUUCCUGCUGGUGCCGCUGCUGCUGACGGCCAUCGCCGCUACCGGCUUUCAGCGAAUGCAGCACGAGAACGCGCCGGAGCGCCUCUUCUCGCUGCAGACGGGCCGAGCGCAGCGGGCGCUGAAGCUCGUCGAGCGUUACUUCCCCAUCAACGACACCAACUACGACGCCCACCGCAGGACCACCUUGAAGAACGUGGCGCGCGUGCUGGUAACGGCGCGCGACGGAGGCAGCAUGCUGCGCGUGCGGCAGCUGCAGGAGCUGGAGCAGCUCGACCGGCGCGUGCGCGAGGUCGAGCUGGACAGCGGCUGGCGGCGUUGGCGCUACGCGGACGUGUGCACUACGCGCGCCGGCGAGUGUCUGCCGAACGACGCGCUGCUGCUGGUGCCCAUGGCGAAGGACCUGGAGAGCGGGCGCGUGAACCUGACGUUCCCAGUGUGGAUGGGCGACUGGCAGCGGCCGCUGGCGCUGGCGGGCGUACUCGGAACGCCGCAGGUGGACGCCGAGGGAGUCAUCACGAACGCGCCCGCUCUGCAGAUCUACUACUGGACGGCGAACCGCACCUUCUUCAACAUCGAUGU